AUGGCGAUCAAAGUAAGGCUUCCUUUGUUUUGCUUCUUGCUCUUUACUCUGUUGCUUGUUUUUGUGACUGCGGUUUUGGGAAAAGAAGAUCCAGAGCUGAGGCAGUGCAAGCAACAGUGUCAACGCCAAGAGGGAUUUGACAAGAGCCAAAGGAGACAAUGCGAGCAAGGUUGUGAACUAUCCUACAGAGAGAAGGAGAGGAGAGAGCGAGAACAAGAAGGCAGUCGUGGCGGCGACCGGGAUGAAAAGUGGAACCCUCAAAGUCCCGAGGAAAGGCUUCGCCAGUGCGUUAGGACAUGCGAGCAAAGAGAAGAACAACAACGACCUCAGUGCCGUCAAAGAUGCGAAGAGGAGUACAAACAGGAGCGGGAACGAGAAGAGAGAGGAGGUCAAGGCAACGCCAAGGAUCCUCAGAUGGAGUACAAAAAAUGCCAGAGAAAGUGCGAAAAGAAAUCGGAGAAGCCAUAUAAGCAACAACAGUGUGAGAGUCGCUGUGUGGAGAAACGUAGAGAGCAGGAGAGAAAGCGGGAGAAAGAGUGUGAGAAAGAGCUGGAGAGAGAGUGUAAGAGAGAGCAAAAGAGAGAGUAUGAGAGAGCAGGAGAGAAAGAGGGAGAAAGAGCCGGAGAGAGAGCAGGAGAGCAAGAGGGAGAGAGAGAGCGGGAGAGAGGAGAGGCCCGAGAGGGUAAUCCUCAGCAUGAUGGUGAAGAAGACGAAAGAAGAGAACAAUGGGAAAACCCAUACGUUUUUGAGGAACAGCACUUCACUUCUGGAAUUCAGACCGAACAUGGCAGAGACCGUGUUCUUCAGAAGUUCACUGAGCGAUCGGAGCUUCUCCGUGGCAUCGAGAACUACCGUAUCGCCAUUCUUGAAGCUGAACCUCAAGCCUUCGUUGUGCCACACCACAAGGAUGCCGAGGCGGUCAUAUUUGUUGCCAACGGAAAGGGUUCUAUCACUCUAGUGUUGGAGGAGAAGAGAGAGAGCUUUAAUCUUCGAUAUGGGGAUAUUUUGAGGAUCUCUGCUGGAAUAACUGUUCAUAUCACCAACAGAGACAAGACUCAGAGACUCGUUAUAGCCAAGCUCCUCCAGCCUGUCUCCAUUCCAGGCCAGCUCGAGACAUUCUUUGGAGUAGGAGGAGAAAACCCGGGGUCGUUUUACAGAGCAUUCAGUACCGACAUACUAGAAGCCGCUUUGAAAACAAAUAGGGAUAAAAUCCAGAGGCUGUUGGGAAAACAAAGUCAAGGAAUGAUUGUCAAAGCUUCUGAAGAGCAGAUCAGGGGCUUGAGCACACAAGAGAAAGGUGGCGAAUCAUCAAGGGGACCUUUAAACCUCUUCGAGAAGCGUCCCUCAAAAUCUAACGACUAUGGACAACUAUACGAGGUCGAUGAGAGGGACUAUGGGAAGUUGGAAGACCUUGACGUGGCUGUCUCUUUUGCCAACAUUACCAGAGGAUCUAUGGAAACUCCAUUCUACAACUCAAGGGCAACAAAGAUAGCUGUGGUGAUUGACGGCGAAGGUUACUAUGAAAUGGCAUGCCCUCAUUUGGGCUCACAGCGCGGUGAACAGCAGAAAGGGCAACCGGGACGUCGCGCAGAAUCCGAGGGCCAACGCAAGGGUGGCCCAAGAUAUCAGAGGGUCAGCGCUCGUUUGAGACGCGGAACAGUGUUUGUUGCCCCCGCCAGCCACCCAAUCGUUAUCGUCGCUUCCAACAACAGAAAUCUCCAGGUUCUAUGCUUCGAGGUCAAUGCACGAAACAAUGAGAAAUACCCUCUGGCAGGAAAGAGGAACGUAAUCAAUCAGUUGGAGAAAGAAGCUAAGGAGCUGGGUUUCAGUGCAGCAGAGAAAGAGGUGGAUGAGGUAUUCAAGAGUCAAGAUGAAGAUUUCUUCUUCAAUGGUCCGCGCCAACAGCAGGAUGAGGGCCGUUCUGAUGCCUGA